GGGCAGCGCCGGGGUGGUGCGCGGAGAGGCGAGGCGCGGGUGUGAGUGAGAUCCUUGGCCGCUGUGCCGGUCGUUCCUGUGCCGCUGUCUGCUGCGCCGCCUCCGCCCUCCUGGUCGCCUGCGGAACCCCGAGGAGCCCCCGACCGGGCCGACGAAUCAGAACUGGGGAAUCGGCGCUGAGAGAGGAGCCGGGUCCAAGCGGCCGAGCCCAAGGCCCCCGGGGGUGGAGGUGGGGGGCUGAGGCCCCCAAGGGGGCCCCGCCGCGAUGGGCAACCUGGAGAGCGCCGAGGGGGGUCCGGGCGAACCGCCCUCUGUCUCGCUGCUGCCGCCGCCCGGGAAGAUGCCGAUGCCUGAGCCCUGUGAGCUGGAAGAGAGAUUCGCCCUGGUGCUGAGCUCCAUGAACCUGCCCCCUGACAAGGCCCGGCUCCUGCGGCAGUACGACAACGAGAAGAAGUGGGAUCUGAUCUGUGACCAGGAACGAUUCCAGGUGAAAAACCCUCCCCACACUUAUAUCCAGAAACUCCAGAGCUUCCUGGACCCCAGUGUAACUCGGAAGAAGUUCAGAAGGAGAGUGCAGGAGUCGACCAAAGUGCUGAGGGAGCUGGAGAUCUCGCUCCGCACCAACCACAUCGGGUGGGUGCGGGAGUUUCUGAACGAUGAGAACAAAGGCCUGGAUGUGCUGGUGGAUUACCUGUCCUUUGCCCAAUGUUCCGUCAUGUUUGACUUUGAGGGUCUGGAGAGUGGUGACGAUGGUGCAUUUGACAAGCUCCGGUCCUGGAGCAGGUCCAUCGAGGACCUGCAGCCACCCAGCGCCCUGUCAGCCCCCUUCACCAACAGCCUCGCUCGCUCUGCGCGCCAGUCUGUGCUCCGGUAUAGCACUCUACCUGGGCGCAGGGCCCUGAAGAACUCCCGCCUGGUGAGCCAGAAGGAUGACGUCCACGUCUGCAUCCUUUGUCUCAGAGCCAUCAUGAACUACCAGUACGGGUUCAACCUGGUCAUGUCCCACCCCCAUGCUGUCAACGAGAUUGCACUCAGUCUCAACAACAAGAACCCAAGGACCAAAGCCCUUGUCUUGGAGCUCCUAGCAGCUGUGUGUUUGGUGCGGGGAGGUCAUGAAAUCAUUCUUGCUGCCUUUGACAAUUUCAAGGAGGUGUGCAAGGAGAUGCACCGCUUUGAGAAGCUGAUGGAGUACUUCCGGAAUGAGGACAGCAACAUCGACUUCAUGGUGGCCUGCAUGCAGUUUAUCAACAUAGUGGUGCACUCGGUGGAGGAUAUGAACUUCCGGGUCCACCUGCAGUAUGAGUUCACUAAGCUGGGGCUGGAGGAGUUCCUGCAGAAGUCGAGGCACACAGAGAGCGAGAAGCUGCAAGUGCAGAUCCAGGCGUAUCUGGAGAAUGUGUUCGACGUGGGGGGGUUGUUGGAAGAUGCUGAGACCAAGAACGUGGCCCUGGAGAAGGUGGAGGAACUGGAGGAGCAUGUGUCCCAUCUCACAGAGAAGCUUCUGGACCUAGAGAAUGAGAACAUGAUGCGGGUGGCGGAGCUGGAGAAGCAGCUGCUGCAGCGGGAUAAGGAGCUAGAGAGUAUCAAGGAGACUUAUGAGAACACGAGCCACCAGGUGCACACCCUGCGGCGGCUCAUCAAGGAGAAGGAGGAGGCGUUCCAACGUCGAUGCCACUUGGAGCCCAAUGCCCGGGACUUGGAGUCGGUGGGCAGUGAGGCCCUGGCCCGGGUGGGCUCUGUGGAGCUGAGCACAGGCCUGCCAUCCUCCGACCUGGACCUGCUGGCUCCAGCCCCGCCCCCCGAGGAGGCUGUCCCUCUGCCUCCUCCACCCGCUCCUCCCCUGCCCCCUCCACCUCCCCCUUUACCAGGCAAGUGUCCCCCAGCCCCGCCUCUGCCCGGUGCUGCUCCCUCUGUGGUGUUGACAGUAGGCCUGUCAGCCAUUCGCAUCAAGAAACCUAUCAAGACCAAGUUCCGGCUGCCAGUCUUCAACUGGACAGCACUGAAACCCAACCAGAUCAGUGGCACUGUCUUCAGCGAACUUGAUGAUGAGAAGAUCUUGGAGGACCUGGACCUGGACAAGUUCGAAGAACUGUUUAAGACAAAAGCCCAGGGCCCUGCCCUUGACCUCAUCUGCUCUAAGAACAAGACGGCACAGAAGGCUGCCAGCAAGGUGACCCUGUUGGAAGCCAAUCGUGCCAAGAACCUGGCCAUCACUCUGCGUAAGGCCGGCCGCUCAGCUGAGGAGAUCUGCAGAGCUGUCCACACGUAUGACCUACAGACACUACCUGUGGACUUCGUGGAGUGCCUGAUGCGCUUCCUGCCCACGGAGGCCGAAGUGAAGCUGCUGCGGCAAUACGAGCGGGAGCGACAGCCCUUGGAGGAGCUGGCGGCUGAGGACCGCUUCAUGCUGCUCUUCAGCAAGGUCGAACGGCUGACCCAGCGAAUGGCUGGCAUGGCCUUCCUGGGCAACUUCCAGGACAACCUGCAGAUGCUCACGCCGCAACUCAAUGCCAUCAUUGCAGCCUCUGCCUCUGUCAAGUCCUCACAGAAGCUGAAGCAGAUGCUGGAGAUCAUACUUGCACUGGGGAACUACAUGAACAGCAGCAAGCGGGGGGCUGUGUACGGCUUCAAGCUCCAGAGCCUGGAUCUGCUGCUGGACACCAAGUCCACUGACAGGAAAAUGACACUGCUGCAUUUUAUCGCCUUGACGGUGAAGGAGAAAUACCCAGACCUGGCCAACUUCUGGCACGAGCUGCACUUUGUGGAGAAGGCUGCAGCAGUGUCCCUGGAGAACGUGCUGCUGGAUGUGAAGGAGCUGGGCCGGGGCAUGGAGCUGAUUCGGAGGGAGUGCAGUAUCCAUGACAACAGCGUCCUUCGGAACUUCCUCAGCACCAAUGAGGGCAAACUGGACAAGCUCCAGCGCGAUGCCAAGACGGCUGAGGAGGCCUACAAUGCCGUGGUGCGCUACUUCGGUGAGAGUCCCAAGACCACACCUCCUUCCGUAUUCUUCCCAGUGUUUGUCCGAUUCAUUCGUUCUUACAAGGAAGCAGAACAAGAGAACGAAGCCCGAAAGAAGCAGGAGGAGGUAAUGCGGGAGAAGCAGCUGGCUCAGGAAGCCAAGAAACUGGAUGCCAAGACCCCAUCCCAGCGGAACAAGUGGCAACAGCAGGAGCUAAUUGCAGAAUUGAGGCGGCGCCAGGCCAAGGAGCACCGGCCUGUGUAUGAGGGGAAAGAUGGUACCAUUGAGGACAUCAUCACAGGCCUCCAGCACCAGCCUAUUGUCAUUCGCCACCAAGCCAGGAUUCUGGCCCCUCCCGGCGUCCACCCUCGGGCUCCAGGCCCCCACUGAGACCCUGUAGGAGGCAGAAGCACUUCAACUCCAAGUCCUACGAGUCCAACCAGUGGACCCGGAGCCCUGGAAUCGGCCAAGAGCCCCACAGCGGGCCGUGCUGCUCCCAACCCAGCUCCCACCCCAGCUCCCAAAGCUGCAUCUUUUCUGCUGCUACUGUGGGCACUAGGUCUCUUGGGGCCUUGGUUGGCCCAGGUGCCUCCAGUACUGCACUUUGCCCCCAAGGUCUUAAACGUCAUUUCCUGAAGGGUUGCCAAGGGUCCGCUCAGGGCCGGAAAAAAAACAUUUCCAACUUUAGCCUCCACAGCAGCACCUAGGCCUCUGUUGUUAAAGCUGGAGGGACCAGAGGAAGCAGCCAUCCCUUCUCUCUCACAGCCCUGCGGUCAGCUGUGGCCUGCACAUGUCCAGGUUUGGGGAGGCCUGGGGCCCCCUCAGCUGUGCCCAUGGCAAGAGUGGAGAGAGAGAUGCCAGCCUUGCUGCCCUGGGCCCUUUCCAUUCCAGGCUGUCCUUGCUGUGGUGGGCAGAGGGGCCCUUUCUGCCCCAGCCCCGGGGCAGCUAGAGGGAGGGAGUGCCAAGAACUUUGCCUCCUUUCUUCAGCUAGGUUUUCUGAGGGGGCAGAAGGCAUGGUAGUCUUAGCUGGCUAUAUUCUCAGUCCCCUGCCUGUUUAUUAGCCCCUGGAAAGGGAAUACAGGGACCCACUCCUUUUUGUAUAUGGAUCACCUCCCUUCUCUCUUGUAUAUAAACCCUAGCCCUUCUUUCUCUCAACAAAGGCUUGAAGCACCAGGCCA